AAUAAUUCACAAACUUCCACAAGUCUUCUACAUUUAAAAAACAGUUUACACAGCCGUUAAUAAUGUUACAAUUGUCAAUACUUUUGUAAAACCUUACUUAUAAAAAGCGGUUAGCUCUUAAUAAUACCACAAAGUUGUUUAAUUCACUAUUUGUCAGUUUCUACUUAGUGAUCCGUCUUUCGUGUAUAAUGAAAAUUAUCACUACAGUAAUUAUAACUCUUCUAGCACAAUGCGUGAAUUUACAGCCUACAUUCGAUCUCGAGAGAAUGUCACGUUCUUGCGUUUUCGGCGUUAAAUCAGUAUCUAUGAUUCUAUAUAACAGCGAAUUUCCUAAGGGUAAAGUUAUCGAGCUAAAUGAAACCUGUGAUGCAAUUGAUCCGAAUAAACAGAUUGCCUUCGUGACUCAUGGUUUUAUUAGUUCUGCAAAUCGUUCAAUGAGUUUUAAACUAGCUUCGGAAUUGUACAAGAAAAACUAUACAGUAUGUGCACUGGACUGGUCCGAUGCUGCGUGUACGAAUGGAAUACCCCUUGUAAAGUUUCUGGGGUAUCCUAGUGCAGUCAAAAAUACUCGCGAAGUUGGUGAACUCCUGGCAAAAUUCAUCAAACUCGUGAUCGAGGAGUGUAAAUGUUCAAGGGACAACAUCACACUAAUUGGUCACAGUCUCGGUGCGCACGUAAGUGGUUUCGCUGCAAAGAACAUCCAGAAAUGGUGCAAGGGCAAUAUUACCCGUAUCAUCGGUCUUGAUCCCGCAGCACCAUUUUUUUCAAGUAACAACUGCGAAAAUAGGCUCUGUAAAACGGAUGCCGAUGAUGUAACAAUUUUUCGCACCUCGUCGCUUGGAAUGUCCCUUACUUACCCCGUUUUUAGUAAAAGAGAACCUCUUGGUGACAAAAAUUUCCAAUUCGAUGACGGACUGAACCAGCCAGGAUGUAAUAUAGAUGUAGCUUGCUCACACAGCAGGGCCAUUGAAUAUCUGAUUGAUAUUUUGGAGGGUAACGCAUUCCCUAGUACUUUAGUGUCACCGUCUGUUGCUUUAGCCGAUCACACGUCCAAGUUUAAAUCGUUCCUAUUUUCCUCACCUGUCUGUCCUAAUCGUAAUACAACCGACUGCACAUUUGUGGAUGAUAAAAUAUUAACAGGUGACAUAGACGACGGAAACUACUAUAUAUGCGUCAACAAAAAUUCUCCUUACUCCGUAAAAGAAAAUUCUUUUAGCUGUCAACAAUAGCAAGAUGCCGAAUUCAAAACUGUGUGGAUUUUACUAUAAUAAAAAUAAAGCUGCAAAAUUGGCAAUAAACAGUAUUAUAUCACUAAUGCGAGCUUAUUUAUUUACCAACUAUAAAAAACUAAUUAAUUUAUGCACAACAAGUCAUUGUGCAUAAGCAACAAAUAACUCUUGUACAAGAACAUCGUUAAAAGCUCGAGAUAUAUUGCAAAUAAAUAGUUUAAGUCGCAAACUGCAUAGAGUAGAUUUUCUCAAAAUUCUGGAAACCCUGAAGAAGAAUGAACCAUUGUGGAAUCUAUAAAAUUCAAUAAUACUAAUUAAGCAGAUAAAAACUAGUAAAGGGUAAUAGAGACAAAAACAGAACUACCACAGGAAUUUUAUUGCGCUUUGUAUAUUUUUCGAUUAUCUUAAUGAAUUAGAUUUUAUAAUAAUUAUAGUUUUAUUAUCGUAUUCGUUUAUUUUGCAUAUGUAACGUUCUUUCGUUAUUCACCUUUAAAACAGCAGAGAUACAAUUCAACCAUCAUCUGCCUUGGGAAUAACUUUCGUGUGACGUAACUCGCGUCUUAUGUACAUCAUGGUACAUUGCUCAGACGUUUCACGUUUUAAUCAUAUACAUCGUAUUUUAAUAUGCCCUUUGUUUUCUUUUUCUGUUGUUCUCUCGCUUCGCAUUUGUAAAUAAAUUACAUUGCCACAUUACUAACUUUUUUUUCGGAGACAGCCGUCUGUAGUUUCUCUAGUCGUCAACAUCGAUAUAGCCUUGUCGAGAUUGAAGAUAUCAUUAUUCUUUCGAUUACAGAAUAAUUUGUAAACUGUAUGACCUGUAUGACUGUAUGUUCAAUUGAUUCGAUCUACGAUAUAACUGAAGAUAUCAAUUAAAAUAAUGCUAUCAAAACUAACUCAGUAGAUACCAAGUUAAGACUUUUUUCUUUCUUUUUUUUAUAACAAGUUUGUCAUUAGCAAAUUCAGCAUCAAAAUGCACAAUGUCGUAAU